AUGCUGUCCCUGAACGAGGCCAUGCAGCUCGACUUCAGCGCCGGGCUGCAAGGCAUGGACGUCGGCUUCGGCUUCGAUACGACGACGUCCGGUGCUGGCGGUGUCUCGUCGCCGGUGGACGUGUCGGCCAAGGCUGACGGCGAAGAGGAGGAGCAGCAGAUGCGGCUGCUGCUGCGGAAGAUAUCGAACCGGGAGUCGGCGCGUCGGUCGCGCGCGCGGAGGCGGCAGCGGACGGAGGAGCUCGAGCGCGCCGUGGAGGCGCUCCGGGCGGAGAGGCGCGCGCUGGCGGCGAGAGCGGACGCCGCGGCGGCCCGAGCGCUAUCCGUGCAGUGCGACGGCGCGAGGCUCCGCGCGGAGGCCGGUGCGCUGCGGCGCCGGCUGGGAGAGGCGCAGAGGCAGGCCGUCGUGCUGCUCGCGCUGGCACGUGCCCGCCUCGCGCGGACGGCGCCGAGCAUCGGCGGCGGAGGACGCGCGCCGGCGGUUGUGCCCCCGCCGCCGCUGGCCGGUGGCGGCGUGGCAUCGUCGCUGAUGACGUUGUGA